UUCAUUCGCCAAGACUGAUGAUAGACUGCAUCAAGAUUGUGUGAAAGGAAGGCAACAUCUACACGAACGAUAUCCAAGCCGAGGUGCUCCAUGGUCGCUAUAGAGUUGCACAUGAAGACCUAAUCGCUGUUGUUUGCAAAUAAGCUGCUACUGUUGCGAUCAUCGACGGCUCCAUUCCAUCCCAAAGCCACAACGCCUUGCCGCAGAAUUCUUCAUUUCAUUCACCUUGCCACUCCCUUACCAGUUUAGCUCAUUGACAAGGUCCUGCAAACAUCCGUGCAAACCCUCCUGGCGGGCCGCUCCUCUAUCAUCCUCUUCCUUGCUUCCCAUUCUUAGUUCUAGCUAGAGCAGCGCCGCAGCCAAAAGGAUGAUGGACUCUGCGGAAGUACAACAAAAACCCGAAGUAGUGGACAGCGACCCCAUCGCUCCCACAGAAGUGCCGAUGAAUCCUCCAAAGCUUGUAGCUUCUCUGGAGGAAGAACUGCAGAUUCACAAGAAAGAACUACAUAUGCACAAGGAGAAUGCAGAGGAGACGCUCUUGGCCUUCCUACAGUUUGCCGAUGGUGUCCGCAAGAUAACACGUCACAUGCAAUCCGUACCGUCCCAGAGCGACACGGAAGAAGCAAAAGAAGAAACAGAUGCUGCCACGCAAGGAGACAAUCCAGCAAGCAACGUUCCACUGCUGGAGAUUGAAUCCAUGGUGUCCAGCACGUGUCUGCAAGGGACCGUCUUUGGAACGGACUUGCUGCGCCUGUGGGAUGCGGCUCAACACAUGCGAGAUUUUGCCCGUCUCGUGUCGGAAGAAUCCUCCAUCUCGGCCAAUGACAUUUUGCAGGCCCAAGCCGUAGCACGGAACGCACUGCGUCGAGCAAAACGGGCCGAAUCGGUGGCCCACAAUUUGCACACACGCAACCGAGAAUUGAAGCGACAAGUCCUAAAACUCUCCGGCGAACGAAGGUUGCUGGUCCAAGAAGUCAAGAGCCUUCGGCAACAAGCUGCCACGGCUCGCAAGCUAGACAUGCAACGGCUCCUACACCAGCAUGUAGCAGGCGCAUUGCUCGUGCAUGAGGAGCACCUCAAGGCCACCAUCAUGGCACAGCAAAAGCAGCAGCAACAGUUGAAGAAGCAGGAGCGCCGACGAAAACAUGCCGAGGAAGAGGAAAAGAAGGAGGAUCCUGAUGACGAGGACUCUGUGGAAGUGGUUGGAUUGGAGGAAUGUGAAGGAAUGGAAGAAAAGGAGACAGUAAACGACGACGCGGCCUCUGCAUCCAAGCCAGAGCCUUUGGAGGAGACAACCCAAGACGGGAAACUUGAUUGUACGGCAGACAGCCAAAAGUCUGCCGUUGAAGAGGACACUGUGGAGGAAGCUAGUGCUUCCUCAAAUGUCAUGGUCGAGGCUUCGCCGCCGCCGACUUCGCAAGCUGAACUCAUUGCCAUCGCCAAAGCCAGGGUGGAUGCCAAUAAAGAGCAGCAAGAAGGCGGUGCUUUUCGCAUCUUCAAACGAGCUAUGGGCACUGGCAGCCCCCGUCGCACGCCACCAAGAAGCCCACAGCGCAGGGAAAGCACACCGGUUGAUGCUGUGCCCGCAGCAGUCAAGCCUGAAGAAGUGGAGGCAGUGCAACUACCGUCACUGGAAACUGAGACGGCGACCAAGGAGGAAGAUACCAAGGACAAGGGUGCUCCCAGCGACCCCGCGAAAGACGAAGAAUCAUGUGCUGGUGCUACUGAAUGUUCCAACAAGGAAAAUGAUUCGUCGGAGCCAGAGAAGGCCGAUGAAGGCCCGUCGUCGGCUCCCAAAACAGACCAGCAGUGCAAGGAUGACAACGAUGACAUCUCAGAUUCGACUAAGCAAGGUCCAACGAAACCUCCUGCGCCAACACAAGCUGUUUCGUCCUCCUAUUCCCCAGUCAAGCUCCUUCCAAGCGUCGGUCGUGUCUCUCCACCACCAUCAUUGCAACAUCAUAAAGAACCGGAUAAGCCCGAUUCCAGUCGUUCAGUGGAGACCCAUGACUCAUGGUUUGAUGGUCCAGUGGAGCCACGUGAAAAUGUCGGAUCUAAAGUCUUCAAUUUCCUCUUUUACCCAGAAAAGAUGUCAGUGCAAAGGCAGCAAGAGCAGCUACGCCAGCAACAGCUAAGGAAACUACAGCAAGAGAACCAAGCGCAGCAGCCACAGCAGCACAAGAAGGAACAGCCAAAGCAAUCUUCGCAAGCUGCACAGCCAAAGAGUCAGGCGGUGCCCACGCCGGUCAGAGGCUCAAAGCAAAAGCCGCUUCUGGAGCUGAACGAGCCAUCGUCAGACGACAAGGACGCAGCCUCUGUGGAUGACACUGCUCCAACAAUCACCGCUACAACCCCGGGAUCCACUUAUGCUGGCAGCCGAGCCCGGUCCAUGUCUGGAGACCGACAAAAUGCAUCCGACAAUAAACAUCUGCAGCAGCAGACAACUCACCUGAACAAGGGCCAUAUCCCGAACUGCGUUUCCUUCUCGGACGACACCCUGUCCGUACAGUCCAAUCUGCCUUCACCAAAAUUCCAGCCAUCGUCGAAGCGUGCUCUUGCGAUCAGCGCCUCCAGUAGUGACGACGACGGUGACAGCGACAGCGAUGGGAGCAUCAAAGGGAAGCAAGAGAGGCAAGUUGAACUCUAUCAAGAUCUGAAAGUUUUCAGAUCCUUGGCUAUCCCAACAGACGAUGAGAUUGAUGAUUACCAUCAAUGCCAGAACGAUGGGACAACUCUGCUACCGGUACAAAAGAAGAGUAAGCAUGUGAUUCAAUGAAAUGCAUUGGUAUCCCAGACUCGUGAACGCGCCUGACUACUUCGUAAGACAACAAUUAAUUAGUGUCACACAUAGCAUCCUCGCUAGAAACUACCUAAACAUAGUAAUCAAUGAAGAACAACCAGGUAACCAACCACUCGCCGACGCUUAUGACGCCUC